AUGGGUAAUCAACAACAUCAUCAACUAGAAGAAGAUUUGUCAUUGAAUGAUUAUCGAUAUUUAAUGAAACAAACACAUCUAACACCCUAUGUUAUUCAAGGUUGGUAUCGAGAAUUUAUAACUGUAUGUCCCAAUGGUCAAUUGAGCAAACAUCAAUUUAUUAAAUUUUAUAAAGACUUGGAAAAUUCUACGACAAAAAAUGUUGAAUCUAUUGCUGAAAAUGUUUUUCAAGUAUUUGAUCAUAAUGGUAAUCAAAGCAUUGAUUUUAAAGAAUUUCUUAUUUCUUACGCAUUAACAUCUGUUGGUGAACCACUCGAUAAAUUACAAUAUACAUUUUCAUUAUUUGACACUGAUAAUUCUCAAACAAUCGAGCCAACUGAAAUGAUCGAAUUAUUACGAAAACUUUUCACCAUAACACGAAAUAAAAUGUAUCAAAGCUCGCCAGAAUGUGUUGCCUACGACAUAUUUCGUACAUUGGAUCUUGAUCAAAAUCAAUCGUUAUCAAAAGAUGAAUUUAUCAAUGGUUGUCUUCAAAACAGUGCUAUCAGACUUGUACUUUCACCAUUCGAAUCUAGUUAUCAAUAA